AUGUUCUCGUUGUCUGCUGCGUUCUCGCAGCUACGACUACAUGCUGCACCAUCUCGCGCGUCUAUAAGCUCUCCUCUCACCUUCGUUCGACAUCGUUCGCAACUUUCACCGAGAAACGUAAAAUGGGUGAAGCGCCAGAAAGGUAUCAUUCCCAUUCCGAUAGGCGGGUCGACCAAAGGAACCACUUUGGCCUUCGGUGAAUGGGGAAUACGAAUUAAGGGCAAUGGCGCACGUCUUACUGGAAAGCAGCUGGAGACCGUACAGGAGCUUAUCAAGCGAAAACUUAAGGUCAUCAAAGGUGCAAAGGUUUUCUUGCGUGUUUUCCCGGACAUCCCUGUCUGCAUCAAGGGAAAUGAGACGCGUAUGGGCAAAGGAAAGGGGACUUUCGAAUUCUGGGCAACGCGUGUUCCUACUGGACGUGUCAUCUUUGAGAUUGGUGGCGUUCCAAUAAGAGAAGAGCUUGCCCGAGACACUUUACGACAAGCAAGUAACAAACUACCAGUCAUGACGGAAUUCAUCACCCGCCGUUCUCCUCCUCGACUUGGAAACCUCGAGAUUCCCCUGGAGACCUCCGAAGUAGACCACAUUACUACUCCCACGUCUGCAGAGCCUGUAACUUUAUCUAUUGCAUAAUCUCAACAUAUUCUCGCCUCGAC